GAUAGGUUAGGUUUUUGAUUCUGAAAGUUUAUAUUAUUUGAAUUGAGGUUUUUAACUAAUAAAAAGUUUCAAAACAUUUCGUAGUUGGUAUAAAAUAAUGAAUAUCACAACAAUAUUUCUAAGGAGGUCACAAUUGCACUCCAAAAACACAGCCAAAGUCAUAGGAUGUCAACGGUUUUGCUCAAAUACAUUGAAUGAAAAGAUCGAAAUCCCUAAAAGAAUACCAAGAUCACCCACUGAUAUUCUUCGUGCUCUUGAAAGCACUAUUAAGAGAGACCCUACAGCAGCUCAUUACAAAUAUCAUGAUGAUCCAUAUCUCAUACCAAUGUCUAAUGUGGGCAAGCGUACUUUUGCCAUGGCACAAGAAGCUGGAAGAAAAGCAGCACACUGGAUAAGACUAGAACACUCUGAUUUGUUCAACCAUAGAGAAGCUGAUCCUGUUAUACAAAUGUUCUUACCAAAAGUAAUCUAUAAUGAAGAUAGCAAAGUAACUGAAGAUGAUCUUGAGAGAACUAUAGCUGAUGCUCAAGUAAAUGAUGCUCAGCUUAUUUAUAAGUUACUCAAAAAUCAAAAUGUAGAAAUAUCUCCUACUACACAUCAAAAUCUACUAGAUAUGCUUUGCUAUUUCAAUUGUGAUGAUGCACUGCCUGAAGAGUUUAUUGAGGAAAGGUGGUUUCAACAAAGUUCUAAAUCCAAAGAGAGACAGAGAAAAACAUGGAAGGAUGGGAGUUUUGCUGAAGAAUUAUUUAUUAGUAUUGAAAACCCAACACCUGAAGCUUAUUCCGCCAUCAUAACAGGGAUGACAAGGUAUUAUCAAGUCGAUAGAGCUUGGCAAUUAUUUGAGGAAGCACGGCAGAAAGGCCUAGUACUAUCCACUGAGACGUUCAACUCUAUAAUAAGAGUGACAAACUUCCUCAAAGAAAGUUACGAUAUGAGGUGGACGUUAAUCGCAACUUUAUUGACUGAUAUGAGCAAAGCUGGCAUCAAACCGAAUUUGGGUACUCUGAAUUCUAUUCUAUAUUCAUUAAGUACCAUGGGCAGUGGUAAAACCACCAAGGAAAUGGUGUUGAAAGUGUUGAGAGAGUUCAAGGAUUUGGGAAUUGAACCUUCAUUGGGAAGUUGGUAUUAUGUUUUGACGACAUUCUGUAAAGAGAGGGGACCUACAAGUACUAUAUUACAUGAUAUAAUGGCGCAAGUGGAAAAUAAAGAACAUACAAUUUUUGAUCCCAGUGAUACAAACUUCUUUGUCACUGCUAUGGAUGUAUGCAGAAAUCAUCUGAGGGAUGUAAAUCUGGGUAAAAGGGUGGAUAGGUUACUUCAUGUUGGGAAUAAUUAUGAUUUGAUUGGGGAUUCCUUCAAGGAAUCUAUAUAUUACCGUCACUACUUCACUCUCUUAGCGACCAGUAUUCCUUUUGAAGAAUUUAUGUCGCAAGUUUACGAAGUUCUGGUACCGAAUAUCUACGUACCGGAACCUGGUGUGAUGAAUGAAGUGCUGAAACAAGUAGACCUGAACGGAGCUAUUGAAUACAUACCAAAGUUGUGGUCUGAUAUGACGAUAUUUGACCAUACUGGUAGAGAGAAUCUGAUCCAGUAUAUACUCAACAUCAUGGUCAAUAAUGAACCUGACAAGGAUUCUACGCUGGUGGAGCGGUUCUCUUAUAUCGCAUGGGAUAUUCACACUAGAGUUGAGAAUCAGCAUGAAAAUAAGACGAAUAAAUUGAGUUUAACUGGAGAUCUUCUUGGACUUGCCAUGAUUCUUUUAUUGAGAAAUAAUGAAUAUGAAAAGGCUUGCACUAUAAUGGAUAAGCUCGAUAAAGGACAUAAUACCGUUGUAGGGGUACCAAAAUAUGAGGCUCUCUCUAUGUUUGUGGAUCACUGUAUUGAGAAUAAAGCACCCAGCAGAGCAGUGGCCUGCAUACAGUAUUGUUCGGACAGUGGUUUUCCGGAAGCUCAAAUUCUUGCAGCCAGAUUGAACGAGAAACUCACACUGGGUGAAUCCCAUUUGAACAGUUUGUCAAAGAUUGUUGGUGAUAUUAACUUAGGAAGUCGAUUGAUCAGUACAUAAAAAUGCAUAUUGCUUUGCUGUAUACUACAGAGUUGAUUCGAAAUAUCAGGGAACUUAUAAUACAUAGUUUUUAUUUAUUCAUUCAUUGUUCUUCACAAUCAUCAAACUUACUCUUUAUGUCAUGAAGCUCAUCAAGUGUCGCAGUUCACCUUAUAAUAUGAUCACAGUACCUACUUCUUUAUAUACCUAUUAUUAGAUAGUAAUUUGAUGAUAUAUUAAUACUGUAAUCAAAAGUAUAGGUAUAAUUGUAAUAAAAUUACUUCUAG